GACCCACAAUGAGCAUCUCAGAGUCUUUCACAGCUGCCCGGAAGCCCUCCGUCGGGUCUACUCCAGCCAGCCAGCGGUUGUGCGUGGACAUACAGUGUUUGUCUCGCCAGCUCGAGCACAGCGCCUGUCCAUCGCUCGCACUUUGCAAUCGGCACCGCCUACCUGCUCCGAGGACGUCUCCUGCACCGCCUCCGACCUCAGUCUAUACAUAACUCCAGCUCUGCCCGACGACGCGUCUGCUUUACCUGCGCCUGUAUCGAAGGGCAGGACUGUUAUGCCGUCGCGCGUCGUCGCUGAAGAUGCAUCUGAUCCUUGGUUCUUGACAAUUGUCCGUACACAGGGCUUGCUAUUUGUCCGUCCUGAAAAGUCGUGGCGGCCGGUCUCACAUGAAGUAGCCCUGGGCUGUGACGGGCAAAACCCGAACACGAAGAUUCCGUUGACACUCCACCACGUCAACCACCGCAGCAAGAUCGACAUCAGAGUCCUCCAUAAAUCCCAUAAGCAUAGGAAGAAACAGCACCUCGUCGCCUCUGCCUUCGUUUCCCUCGGCGAGCUCGCUGGAAAGCAAGGACGACCAGGCUCCACGAUAGACGUGCGUCUCUCGUGCCCAACUCCUCAAAAGAAGGGCCCGACUGUCAGAGGCCGGCAGCAGCACCAUGCCAACCUCGUUGUCAGACUACAUGCACCAACACCCGUUGCUCCCACAUUUACCUCCCAGGAGUUAUACCCGUCAGAGCCUGGAGAAGACACCCCUUCAGAGCAUUCAUCGUCAAGAAGUCCUUCAGUCACCGCGGUUGGUGGGUUCACACCUGAACCGUCAGGUAAACCGCCAAAUGGAAUUCGGAGGCGCAAACGACGAAUACGCGGCUACAGCCUCAACACUGACGAUGAAGAGGACGCUGUCUCCGGUUCAGAGGCAUCUGCAUACCCAGACGCACCACAGGACGAGUACUUUCCGCCUGCGGACGAUACUGAUAAAUCUACGUACGAACCUGCAAUCGCGAUGGAGGAAACACCCGAGUUUGUGCAUAGCGCGCAUACGCCCGACGUCCUCCCGCGCUACAGCGAACAGGCAGAGUCCCCGCAGUUCUCAUGGGGUGAGAGGAUGCUGGACCGAGUCGCACCCUACUCCGAUCUCUACGAGGCGGAGCGGACGCAAAACCAUGAGCGCUUCGACAAGGUGCUCGCGCGCCUCCUGACGGAGUGGUACGUCGCCGCCGCUUCUCUACUUGCGUUGGCGGGUAUCGAUGCAGCCAUCUUCGGCCUCGCGCCAGGCUCUAUAUUUCCCAUAGACGGGCUCGCGCGGCAGGUCGUCGCGCUGGGUGCUAUCUCCGCUGGCCUCGGCCUCUUCCUCGAUACCCUGCUCGUGUUCUCCUACAGCAACGCGGACGCACAAAAGUUCCAAACGAUCGCGAAAGACGUGUACGGCACGUACUUCUUCUUCUGCCUCUACUGCCGCGUGCCGACGCUCUGCAUGCUCGUCUCCGCGAUGUGCCUCAUGAUCUUCCUCCUCACCGUCGCGUGGGCGGAGUGGCCGAGCGCGGUCCUUGUCGUGUCGUUCCUUUCCGGCGUGCUGUUCACUUUGCAAUACCUCGUAUUCGGGUGUCAUAGGAUAUUCAACUUGGUCGCGUGGUGCGUGAGGCGCGCGUGGACGGCGGUUGUGCGGCGGUCUGCGGUGCCGGGCGACGUUCCGCAGGAUGGAGGUGAGGGCAACACGGCGGGCGGGGCUGCGCACGGCGCGUCGCGCGCAUGACAAGGUGCGGUGGCGAACGGAUGUUGUAUCACUACUUAAUGUAUUCAUAUAGCUGGUAAUUUGGACAGUUUCUUAGUAUGUGCCAGCGUGUACGGGGUUACUCGAAGUGAGGUUGCGGAAGAACAUGGCUUGCUUCAACCCACUAACGUGUCUAGUAUUAUUCUGUGCCGGCGGGACAUGUUCCCGAGUCAAAGGACCCAGCCUGGAGGAGAACGCCGCCCCAUCACGGUAUCCCAGCUACUCAGUUCGCACUCUCCCUGCGAUCGUCGAGCUCAACACAAAAGUUGCAUUCGUCUUAGCUCUACAUCAUGCACGGUAUCUGAUGUACGAUCCCUCAAAAUCGCCUCACGACCAAAGUACAUACACCUACAGCUACAAAAUCUCAAACGCCAAUAUAAUACACUGCGGCCCUAUCAAGACAUCAUCUACUCGGACUCCGGCUCUGCAAGUUCAAUUUCCU